AUGAGGCAUGUUGUUCUCGCAAAUAAAAGCGACGGUGGGGACGUACAGGAAGAGCUCCGUGAUCUUGUCAGUUUUCCAGACUUCGAGCCUGAUUGCUCUUCUCGAAUUGUCAAUCUCAAGACAACAAUUUGGCCGUACACCACCUGGUCUGUCCACUUGGCCCAUAUCAAGAUGACUAGACUCUCAGGAACCAUCCUCGCUGUCACGGCCAUGGCCUACCCGGCGCUCGCUGCUCGCCAGCCCAGCAUCCGAGCCUACACGCCGGCAGCCCAGCAAGCCAGCAGCGGCAAUAGCGUGACAUCCAAUGUGCUGAGUCUGAAGAAAGGCAAAAAGGCAGCCAAGUCAGCAGGCCAUCUGGGGACAUUACGGUCCAAUGUCAGUUCCUCGUCAAAGCACAGGUAUGGCGCGGAGCCAGUCGACAACCUCGAUUCCGUGGAGUACGUCGCCGAGAUCGAAUGGGACGGGACACCAGUUGAGGUCAUUGUCGACACCGGAUCGAGUGACACGUGGCUGGUGCAGGCCGGAUUCACAUGUGUUGACGUGGACGGUAACGUCCAGCCGGAGGCCGACUGCUAUUUUGGUCCGGUGUUUAAUGGCACUUUCGAUGAGGGGUCAAUCAAAGAUGAGAACUUCAAUAUUGAGUAUGGCGAUGGCGAGUUUCUGACGGGCGUUUUGGGCUACGAGAACGUCACCGUUGCCGGACUCACAGUCGAUCAUCAGGAGGUGGCUCUGGUCAACUACUCCUACUGGUUUGGCGAUUCCGUGACAAGCGGUCUUAUGGGACUUGCAUAUCCCCUGCUCACAAGCGCAUACCAGGGUACAAAUACCUCCGCAGACUCUUUGUCCACGCAGGUUGAGUAUGACCCAAUUAUCACCACCCUGAUCAAGGAGAAAAUAAUCGACCCUGUCUUCAGUCUCGCUCUUGACAGGAACUCCGACAGCGGAUAUCUGGCCCUGGGUGGCCUGCCCCCUGUGAGCCAUACAGGAUCCUUUGCAACCACUCCUGUCUUAAUGCUCGAGAUCUACGACGAACCCAAGAUGGCAACUCAAUACAGCUUCUACACUAUCAUCGCAGAUGCAUACAUCUACGAUGGAUCGGAGAAACGAACUCAAGUCAACACUGACUCGUGGAGCAAGUUGGCCGCACCCGCAACCGUCAAUACCACGCAAUUUCCUGUUAUCGUAGACAGCGGCACUACACUGCUGUAUCUUCCGACGGAUCUGUACGAUGAUAUCGCCGCUCUCUACGAUCCGCCGGCAGUAUACAUUGAGGACGAGGGCGCAUCGUUCGCACCUUGCAACGCGAGUGUACCCUAUGUCGGCGUCAAGAUUGGCGGCACAGUCUUUAAUAUCAGUGAUGCCGACCUGCUGAUGCAAGAAAUCGUCGACCCGACUACUGGAUACUGCUUGAUCGGACCACAGGAUGGCGGCUCGGGCCCGUACAUUCUUGGGGACACAUUUAUGAACAAUGUCAUCUCUGUCUUCGACAUCGGCGCCAGCGAAAUCAGAUUCGCAGCUCACGACUACUAA